UCUGCUCUGCUGCCUCGUCCAGAAAUCGCUGCUCCCCCUCCUCCUUCUAAUCAGCCGGAGCGCCAUGAAGAUCGCCGUGGAGGGAUGCAUGCACGGGGAGCUGGACAAGGUCUACGACACGAUGCGCCGUCUCGAGGAAGCUGAGGGCAUCAAGAUCGACCUCCUCAUCUGCUGCGGCGACUUCCAGGCUGUAAGGAAUGAGAGCGAUUUACACUGUGUAAACGUCAAACCAAAGUACCGUACCAUGAACUCAUUUUGGAAGUACUACUCCGGACAAGCAGUUGCCCCAUACCCCACUAUCUUCAUCGGUGGAAACCAUGAAGCAUCCAAUUAUUUGUGGGAACUGUACUAUGGAGGAUGGGCAGCACCUAACAUCUACUUUUUGGGGUUUGCUGGUGUUGUUAAAUUUGGAAACAUUCGAAUUGGUGGAAUGUCAGGAAUACAUAAGCAAAAUGAUUAUUACUCAGGACACCAUGAGAGGCCUCCAUACAGUGAAGCUAACAAGAUAUCAGUGUACCAUGUGAGGCAUUAUGAUGUUCUCAAGCUAAUGCAUGUGAAGGAGCCUCUAGAUAUAUUCAUCUCACAUGACUGGCCUGUGGGCAUUACUGAAUAUGGAAACUGGCAGAAACUCAUUCAACAGAAAAGGCAUUUCGAAGAAGAGGUCCGCACAAGAACACUAGGCAGCCAAUCAGCAGCAAAAUUACUGAGCAAAUUGAAACCACCGUACUGGUUUUCAGCUCAUCUUCAUUGUAAGUUUCCAGCUAUCAUUCAACAUGGUGAGGAUGGACCUACAACAAAGUUUCUUGCGCUUGAUAAGUGCAUUCCCAGGCGGAAUUUCUUGCAGGUACUAGACAUUCCAUCCAAUCCAGGGCCAUAUGAAAUCCAGUACGACGAAGAAUGGCUUGCAAUAACACGAAGAUUCCAUAAUGUUUUCCCCUUAACUCGGGCACCAUUCAGAAUGAAUGAAGAACUUGACAUUCAAAAUGACCGACAGUGGGUUAGGAGCAAGUUGAAUGCUAGAGGGGCUAAGCCAUUUGAUUUUGUCCAGACUGCUCCACCUUUUAAUCCGUCCAUGCCAGUUGAUAAUCCCCCCGCAGCGGUUCAUUGCAGGAAUCCGCAAACUGAAUCUUUUCUCCAGUUUUUACAACUCCCAUAUCUGCUGGACUCGUCUAAUUCUGGGGGGGUUAAUAGAAAUGCAUCGAGCUCGCAGCCAGCACAUCCACUUAAUAACGACGACAUAGAGCUCCCCGACGAAAUUGAAGAUGACGAAGAUGACGAAUGAAGCACUGAUAGUAGUAGACAAGUCCCGUUGCAUUAUCCCUCCGUCCAGGGUUUUGUUGGCAGAUAUUUUGAUGACUGUCCCUACCUCUGUAGAGCAUAACUGCAGAACGAACUAAGAGUACCCGACUUUGUCAAAUUUAAUGGGGCGUGUACUAAAUCUAGUUGGAAACAUGUUAACCAGUACUUAGCUUAACUUGAUGAAGUUAGUAUCAAGGAACACUUAAAAGUGCGUUUGUUCCA